AUGGCCACCACGACCCCGAGAAAGUCGCUCCGCAUCGGGGUCAUGAUGGAAGCCGUCCAGCUGGCAGACAUCACCGGCAUCGAUAUCCUCGGCAACCUCUCGAGAAGCCAUUACGAAGGAGGGCUCGCCAUUGACGCGGAAUUUGCCAAGUUUGAACAGGACGCCGUCGACAUGACCUUCUACUACAUCGGCAACACCCUCGAACCCACGGGCACGAGCCCCAGCCUCAUGUAUCUCCCCAACGUCACCUACGACACGUGCCCCCGCGACCUGGACAUCAUCAUCAUCGGCGGACCGCUGCCGAGCCACCGACCUGCCCCGGCAGACCGCUUCAUGAAGGAGGCCUGGCUCACGACCCGCGUCUGGCUAACUACCUGCAUCGGCUCCAUGUGGCUCGCCAGCACCGGCCUGCUGGAUGGCAAAAAGGCCACGACCAACCGCAGCCUUUUGGGCGCUGCGAAGCAGGCGCGCCCCGGCGUUGAGUGGCUUGAUCAGAAGUGGGUCAUCACGGACAAGCCGUACGCGGGGCCGAACGGCAAGGGCGAGCUCUGGACGGCGGGCGGUGCGGCCGUUGGAACCGAGAUGAUCGCAAAGUACUGUCUGCAAAACUUCAACCCGGAGUACGUCCAGUACGUGGCUCUGCAUUCUCUGGCUCUCGAUGAGUAUAAGCUCGAGCCGUUCUACCGCAAGUAG